UCGCGCAGAUCAUGGCAUGCGGCUCUUUCAAGUUUCCAAUACGCCUUCCGCUCACCACCGCUAAAGAAAAUGGGGAUCAAGUCCAGGAAUGGUGUUAGUGCUUCGGCAGAGGAAAAGGACAAAAAGGCGGGGCUGACGGGCGACUUAGACCAAGGCAACUUGGGCUUGGGGUCCGGAGCCGAUAAAGAUGGAACCCUCUUGCUGGUGGGGCCCGGCAGAGAAGACUUCAAACGAGGAUCUCAGGGUCUGGGGCUUUUGGCCAAAACGCCCCUGGGUUAUGGUAGACCUGUCAAGAGGAAUAAUGCAAAGUAUCGGAGGAUUCAAAACUUGAUCUACGACGCGCUGGAAAGACCCCGCGGAUGGGCGCUGCUCUACCACGCGUUCGUGUUUUUGAUUGUACUCGGAUGUUUAAUUCUGGCUAUCUUGACGACCUUUAAGGAAUAUGAAGAGGACUCUGCAGACUGGCUCCUCAUACUAGAAACCUUCACCAUUUUCAUAUUUGGAGCAGAGUUUGCUUUGAGGAUUUGGGCUGCAGGCUGCUGCUGCAGAUACAAAGGAUGGAGAGGGCGUCUGAAAUUUGCCAGGAAGCCUUUGUGUAUUUUAGAUAUCUUUGUACUUAUCGCCUCAGUGCCAGUUGUGGCAGUACGAAACCAAGGGAAUGUAUUGGCCACCUCUUUAAGAAGUCUGCGUUUUCUACAGAUUUUACGGAUGCUUCGAAUGGACAGGAGGGGAGGAACGUGGAAGCUUUUAGGUUCAGCCAUAUAUGCACACAGCAAGGAGCUGAUCACAGCCUGGUACAUUGGAUUUCUGUCGCUCAUUCUUGCCUCGUUCCUCGUUUACCUUGUUGAGAAAGACGACGUCGUCAUGGAUAUCACGAGUUCACCUACUGGAAGUCCCAACCACAGCCAGGACUUUGACACUUAUGCCGAUGCUCUCUGGUGGGGCUUGAUAACCUUAACCACCAUCGGCUAUGGUGACAAGACCCCAAAAACAUGGGCUGGUCGUCUUCUAGCUGGCACUUUUGUCCUCAUUGGCGUCUCAUUCUUUGCCCUUCCAGCUGGAAUUUUAGGUUCUGGUUUGGCUUUGAAAGUUCAGGAACAACAUCGGCAAAAACACUUUGAGAAACGGAGACACCCUGCUGCUGGAUUAAUACAGUCAGCCUGGAGAUAUUAUGCCACCAACCCCACCCGAGAUGACCUCAUUGCCACCUGGAGAUUUUAUGAAACCGUCAUAUCCCUGCCAUGUUUCAGAAAGGAUCUACUGGAAGGAGUUGCCAGCCAAAAACUGAGUCUCCUGGAUCGCGUGCGUCUCCCCAAUCCUCGCGCCACUGCUAUAAAGGGCAAGCUCUUUACCCCCAUGAGUACUGAUGCCAUCGAGGAAAGUCCUUCGAGGGAACCAAAGACGGGAGGUUUCACCAAUCGAGAGCGAUUCCGGACUGCCUUUCGGAUGAAGGCAUAUGCUUUCCGACAAAGUUCUGAAGAUGCUGGCGCACUAGCAGAUCCGGGGACUGAAGAAAAGGGCUUUCCCAGUGACAUACUGAUGGAGGAGAGCAUCCCAACACUUAAAGGCGUAAUCAGGGCGGUCAGAAUUUUGAAGUUUCUUCUAAACAAAAAGAAAUUCAAAGAGACCUUGAGGCCUUACGAUGUGAAGGAUGUGAUAGAGCAGUACUCAGCGGGGCACCUUGACAUGCUUUCUAGAAUCAAAUACCUCCAGACAAGAAUAGAUAUGAUCCUGGCUCCUGGACCACCGUCAACUCCGAAACACAAGAAGCCACAAAAAGGACCUUUUAUGUACCCCUCACAGCAAUCUCCAAGCAGAAAUGAGCCAUAUUUAUCCAAAGCACCACUGCCAGAGGCUGAAGACCAAAGUAUGAUGGGGAGAUUUAUAAAAGUGGAAAGACAGGUAGAACAUAUGGAGAAAAAACUUGACUUCCUAGUCGACAUGCAUUUGCAGCAUAUGGAUCAACUGCCUCCGGACCAGAGCAGGCCAUUAACGAAAGACAUUUCCGAACCAGAGAUUCCAGCUGAGGAAAAGCAGGAUGACAAAUACACAGACUUCAAGCGAGUCUUCUUCAAUUACACUGAGCCGUGCCCUCCUAUGUCUUACCAAAUUCCUGUCAGCAAGGUUACGCCGUACAGCUUCUUCAGGAAGGAGCCCCACCAUACCAGCUUCUCAUCGCCUUUGAUGAUGGAAGAGUUAGGCUGCAUGAGAUUGCCUCAUCCUUCCAUGCUUUACAUCGAACGGCCCAAUGUUUUGCCAAUCAGUACGCUGGUGGAUUCUCGAAACAGCCCACCUUCAGAAGGAGACGGUCAAAGCCCUUUCAUGGAUUAUACAUCCCCGAGGCAAGGGAGAACCACGGUGAGGGACACGGACACCCCACUCUCACUUCUUUCUGUUAAUCACGAGGAACUGGAACGCUCACCCAGCGGCUUCAGCAUCUCUCAAGAGAAAGAGGAUUUGACUUUUGGUCUCAAUGGAUGUAGCUCAAGCUGGAUGAAAGAAAAACGAUAUCUUGCCGAGGGUGAGACCGACACGGAUACUGAUCCCUUUACACCAAGUGGACCUCUUCCCUUGUCGUCAACUGGAGAGGGAUUCCCAGACUCAGUAUGGACCAGCUCUAGUAACCCUCUUUAGUUGUUUCUUUCUUCUUUUUCUUUUUAAUUUUUUUCACAAGGGAAGUACGGUAGAGUAGUAAAUGAAAACUUGACUUCCAUUUGUAAAAUAUAUAUACACUUUGUAUAUUUCACCACAUUAAAUACUAAUACUGAGAUUCACCCAAAGCUUAAACGCUGCAAAGCAAAAAGGCACUGCAUGUAAUGCAUGCAAAUCUAGUGGUAGACAGUGCAAAACUCAGAUAACAAAGAGCAAAAAAAAAAAUCUAUGCUAUUUCAUAACGAGAUCAUUUUUGUGCAUGGUUUGCAUGGAGCUACAUCAUAACAAAUUGUUUAAACCAAAUGUCCUCAGAAUUAAUGUGUAGUACAUGUGUGGCUUUCAUUCUGAUUUUGUUAGACCAGACACGACAAAAUUCACAGAAUGCUUGUAUUCCUUCUGAAGCAGAUGCAGCAAGGUAUCCAGCAGGCAGUGAACAUCAUCUGCCAUAUAGUUCAUGCCUUACUGUAUGGUGGGCAUGAAGAAAAUACAAUAUGAUACACCAUCGUUUUUGUGUAGCGCUCUUCACUGAGUGCAGGCGCAGAGCGCUGUGAACAAUUCUCAUUUAAAUAACAAGU